CGAAUUGUUGACGUUCUGGACACGUUUCACGUCAUAGUUGAACUCCCAAUAGACAACUUUGGAGCAUACAUCAUCUCCAUGGCCACUACCCCAUAUGAUGUGCUUGCAGCCGAGCUCUUUCAACGUGAAUGCCAUGUGAAGCAACCAUUGAGAGUUGUUCUACUGUUUGAGAAACUUGCUGAUCUAAAGGCUACUCCAGUUGUUGUUGCAUGUCUGUUCUUAAUAGGCUGGUACAAAAAUCGCUUUAAUGGGAAACAAGAAGUCAUGAUUGGGUACUCAAAUUCUGGGAAAGACGCUAGAAAGCUCUCAACGACAUGGGCAUUAUACAAGGAUCAAGAGGAGCUUAUUAAAGUUGCUAAGCAAUAUGGUAUCAAGCUAACCAUGUUCCAUGGUCGAGGCGACACAAUUGGAAGAGAAGGUGGUCCAACCCAUCUUGCUAUAUUGUCUCAACCACCAAAUACAAUUCAUAGUUCACUCCGAGUUACUAUACCAAGGAAGAGGCGUUUAUUUUGA